CGCAGGCCCCGCGGCUGCCGUGGCGCCGUGGGCUUUGGGCUCAGGCCUCACAACUGUGGCACCGCGUUUUGAGGUCAGGUCCCGCGGCCGUGGUGGUGCUCUGGGCUUUGAGCUCAGCUGCGGCCGAGGUGCUGCUGCACAUCGACAGCUUGAGGCCUUGAUCCGGCCGUGGGGUGGGAUGGCAGUGAGUCAGUGUAAUGAUUUUUAUGCCAUUUCCCCCCCGUCUUGAGACAAAUGUGUAUGUUGCACCUUGUGGCCUUGACUGAGGGCUCUCACAGCGUGGAGAAGCUGUUGCUUUUGCGUGGUGAUUUUAAUGCAUCUCUUAUCGGGAUGCAUUGAGCCUGGGUCACUCAGUCCAGUGUAGCUGCAGAGGGGAGGAGGUAGGGAGAUGCAGUGAGUUUUAAGAGUGCUAGGAUCCUGAUUUUAGACAGUGUUGCGUCACCAAUGCAUUUGAUACCUUGCUAGGAAAUGUUGAUAAAACAUUGGCUUGUGAUUAUAGGUUGUUGUUAUUUCCCAUUCCAAAACAAGGUCAAAAAUGAGAAAUGUCUUAUUUUUACAACUGAUCAUAGACAGCAUGUUGCAAAGUACAGAAUUGGGCAGCUGUACAUGAUAAGCAAGCAUAGCCAUGAGCAGAGCGACCGAGGUGAAGGGGUGGAAGUGGUGCAGAAUGAACCCUAUGAAGAUCCCAAUUAUGGCAAUGGUCAGCUAACAGAAAAACGGGUCUAUCUCAACAGCAAACUACCUAGCUGGGCUAGAGCAGUUGUUCCCAAAAUAUUUUAUGUUACAGAGAAGGCUUGGAAUUACUAUCCUUAUACAAUCACAGAAUACACAUGUUCAUUUUUGCCUAAAUUCUCCAUUCAUAUAGAAACAAAAUAUGAGGACAACAAAGGAAGCAAUGACAGUAUUUUUGACAAAGAAGCUAAAGACCUUGAGCGAGAAGUCUGCUUUAUUGAUAUUGCCAGCGAUGAUAUUCCCGAGCGCUAUUACAAAGAAUCAGAGGACCCUAAAUAUUUCAAGUCACAGAAGACUGGGAGAGGUCACUUAAAGGAAGGCUGGAGAGAGACUCAUCAGCCAAUUAUGUGUUCCUACAAACUUGUGACUGUGAAAUUUGAAGUUUGGGGACUUCAAACCAGAGUGGAGCAAUUUGUACACAAGGUGGUCAGAGAUAUACUAUUGAUUGGUCACCGGCAGGCUUUUGCCUGGGUUGAUGAGUGGUACGAUAUGACUAUGGAUGAUGUUCGAGAAUACGAGAAAAAUAUGCAUGAAAAAACCAACAUUAAAGUUUGCAAUCAACAUUCAUCUACUGUGGAUGAAAUAGAGAGCCAUGCCAAAGCAAGAGUAUGUCAAUUUUUAAAACAUAUUGCCUGCUCUCAGCUAAUAUACCUGCACAGAUCAGAGAAGAGCAACCAACUUUCAACCAACUGAUCUUGCUGACCAAUCAGUGCGAUUUUGGAGAAUUUUUGCUUCAAUAGGAACAGAAUCUUUCUCCAGGAAGUGCAAUCCUGCAUUGCCUUUGCACUGUAAACUGCCACUGAUGUAAGAAAGGGUGGGGUUGGACUCAUACACAACUCCCUGUCUUCCAGGAAAACAAAAUUCUCAAAUUUCAGUUGGAUGCCUAAAGGGGAAUUUAAGUAUCAGUUUUACCUUCUAUUGUUUGAAUAGUUUAAAAGUCAUGCAAAAGUUCAGAGUGCAUUAGUCAAAGAGCCAAGAACAUGGAGAGUGGAAAAUUUCUGUGGGACUGAUAAAACAGUUUGCUUCACCAGGAAAAAAAUCUAAGGGAUUAUUGACUUAUUUGAAUAUAAUUUUAAUGCUGUCGUUGAUUAGCUACCAACAAGGUGGGAAGAAGUAUUUUCAAAAAUACAUAGCUGAGCAGUUUGUGGGGAGGGGCAGGUUUCUAUGUAGGUGUUUUCAUUCAGAUUCUGGAAACUCCAUAAAGAAUUUAGGUUCCUAACUUAAGUAUCUAAAUUAGAUGCCUGGAGUUGGAAAUUAUUAGUAUCUGCAAAUAAAAGAAAUACAGUGACCUUUGCUUUUAAAAAUAUUAUUUUUCUUUUGUUUCUACUAACUGAGCCAGAGAACUCAGUGAUGGUUUUACCCAUGUACUGAGUAUUGGGCAAGGCAUUAAGGGCUAAAUCUUAAAUCCUGAAGUCUUUCCGUUGAUUUUAUUCAGUGAAAGUUCUCACCAGUCUGAGAAGAUGUUAAGCAAUACCUAGGAGGUUUAUACUUGUAUUUAUAUUGCUGCAAUACCAUUAACAUCAAGGUUACUCCUUACCCGAUUACUGAACUGAGAAUCAGUUCUGACAUUGGCUCUACAUUCCAGGAUUUAGCUUUGAAUAAAAAGUCUGCCAUUCUUAGUUAGUUUGCAUGUAGCAAAAUUGCCAUUGAGGUCAGGACAGAAUUUGUUAUUUAUGAGUGGAAAAAAAAGAGGGAGAGAGAGAGAGAGAGAGAGAAGUCACAUAUUUCUGCAUACAUCUUAGCUCAGGGUAAGGAUUACUUUUACUUGAGUGAUUAUCAGCACGGAAUUGAAUUUGAAGAGAGCAUAAGCUAAAAAGCAAAACUUAACUGAAGGGGCAAUGAGUAGUUCAUGUCUGAGUUUAGAAUGGACUGUCCUGGAGGAUACCACUUAAGCAAGACUUUAAUCGAUCUUUUUUUCUCUUUAAUGGCCAUUAAACUGAAAAAUCUUCCUGUCCAAUUUCACUCUCUUUCCUUCAAGACAAGUUUUGUUAUUUUUUUGUACAGAAGUCCUCAAUCAAAAAAAUAGCUGAAGUGAAUGCAUGGUCUCCCUCUGAUGUCAGUGUGCUUUUGAAUGAUUCAAGUUCAGAAACACUACAUGCACUGUUUUAGAGUGAAACAAAAUGUAAAUGAGCAAAACAGGUUCAAAUCUAUCUCCAACAAAAGUAGGUACAGUUCCUCUGAGACCAUCUGUUUUAUUUCCACCACUUAUCUCAGCUUUGAAAAUAGCUUAGUCUUCACUCCUAGUAACUGGCACUGCUUUGUAGGCUGAAAAAGUCCCUGGGAUGUAAUCUAGAGGGAAGAGAGAAGGCAGCUGGCAACAUGUGUGGUUUUGUUAAUUUAAUAUGAUGUUGUAAUACAACAUAAAGCCUCUUUCACAUAACAUUUUGCAGCCAAGGCUACAGAUGCAUGCAGCUGGGUAAUAUUAAAAAGUGUCAAUGUACUGGAAGUGUAGGAUUUUGCCAUACAUAUGGUAAAUGCUAUUGCCAGUCUAUGUUUCAGACACCCAAAUGUGCAAGAAUUUUAAAUUGAUUAAAAAGUUAGUAUUUUUAUUUCUGGUUUUUGAGCUUUCAGAGCUCAGAGAAUCUAUAAACUGCUUUUAUGAGACCUGACUGUCCAGUAUUACUCUGGACUCUGUCUUGAAGAAAGAAGUGCCAAAUAGCACGAGAUCUAGAAUGAAGUCAUACCAAUUGAAAGCACUCGUAAGGAAAGAAUAGAGAAUGGUAGUAGGAAUGUAUUUAUCAGUGAGUACAGACGCUCAGUAAACCGUGUUCCCUGUUGCACGAUUAUGGAACGUAAGUUAUCCCCAUCCUACCACACUCUACAGGUUUCUUCUUUCCCCCUCAACAUCACCUGAGUCAUCCUUACAGGGGGUCCUGAGUGUGGAGCUGGGGAGCAGCAAGUAAGCAAAACUAUCAUUCAUACAGAAAGAUACAUGUCAGUACAGAAGACUGACAUUCAUACAGAAAUGUUAACAGAACUCUGUUGACUGCUUGACUGCUUUUUGAAAAAUACCUCCCAAGGGUCUUAUCAUUAUUUAGGAAAAAAUAGCGAAAACUUACAAGGGAUUUUAUUGGACUUUUUGACCGUGCCUUUUUUCUGUCUUGUAGUAGUCAACUGUUCCAAGCAGAGACACUGUUUAGCAGAUAACGAUUUUCUCUGUUCUAGCUGGGGUAGAUUUGAUAUGCUGAGUUUCAUUCUGUGAAUCCUUCAAAUAAAUUCACUAAUCUAACAUGAUGUUCAGUGAAAAUCAGUAAAUUUAUUUGAAUUGUCACAGUGAACAUCUUACAGGCAAUGCAGACAAGAACCAGUGAAUUUAAGAUCUUGCUGAUUUUUUUGCUCAGUGUAUCCGUUUGUAGCGGAUGUCAUUCAUUCAGGAUAUUAUUAGAAAAGUUUUGCAUCGCUCAGCUUCAAACACGUUUAUUGUGAGAUAGCUCUGCCCUCUUGUGGGUUUCUACAGCACUGUGACACAUUUGUCACGCUCACUGCUCUUAAAGCAGCAAUCUGUGGUUCUGCUUUUCCAUUGCAAAGUGGCUUUAACCAGUCUCACCUACUCUCAUUUUGCAUCUAUUUUCCAGGGAAUUAAGAAGCAGUGGAUUUGUCAGUUGCCCAUAAAUAUUUAAGUAUUGCUUCUGGAUGGGAAAGUUAGAAAGUGGGUUGUGGCUUUAUCAAAUCAGAAGGAAUUCUUUAGGCUUUAUUAGUGGAAAGGCAUACUGUCCUCAGGCUGCAUGCAACUGCAACUAGAAAUCAAUGGAAGCUGUGCUUGAGGGGAGAGAAUUUUUCAUCCCUUGAUAAUUACAGUAAGCAAACAAUGUAACUGUGCUGGUGCCAGCCCUUUAUCUGGUUCCUGCUCACAAUCUAGAUCCAAAAAAAAACUUUCUAUCAGUUUUCUUUUGUUUAAAGUUCAGAAAAACGCUACUUGCUUUCCCUGUAUCUAAGUCUAUUCUUUAACUGCCAGCAAAAUAGCUUGAUUUUUCUAGCAAUUUCAGAGGUAGCACUCUUUAUUCAGUUCAGAUGCAGGAAGAAGAAGUAUUAGUAUGUAAUUAACAUACCUAACUUCCAGUUUUUUUUAAACUGGUUGCUUAUUUUACUCCAAUCAAUGCAUUACAAUAGGGAGCCACUCAUAUGGAGAAUCAUUUAGCAUAAGCAUGAUAGGCAUUCAUUUCCUGAUUUAGAAUUUGGACAGAAGUAGUUUAACUGAGUUAAUGAAAUCAUCAUUUGAAAUGAUUCUAACUUGCCAUUUAUCUUUCUUUUCUUCUU